AUGACCACAGUGUCUUCAAAUAUAAUUACUGAAAACAAGCUUAAAAAUGAAGAAUAUAAAAUUUGGAAAAAAGUAGUUCCUUCAUUAUACCAACAUAUAAUAACCUUCAAACCAAUUUUCAGCGACAUCCCAACUGAGCAAAUUGAAAAUUUAUGUAAAUGUAUCAAUUUUACUGAUAAAAUUAUUAAUGAUAGCAAUGGUAAUGGGACACUCACCACUUCUGCAUUUUGUUCAUUAGGUGAUAAAAUAUAUGAGUUUGAUUUCACUUUACCCUUAGGCGCAUAUGAUACCACUAAUAGUGAUGGCCCCUUACCUGACCCCAAAUAUAAUGAUCAUGAGAUAUCCUAUAUUGCAGAAGAGACCAAAUAUAAUAGUAAAUGGAUUUGGUCAGGGGAAACUAUUAUAAAAUUGGUACCUUUAUCUGAAAAGAAAUUCUUGGCGUUAUCAAAAAGUGGUUCAGUUGCUAUUUUUCAAGAUGGUUCUGAAUCCCCUCUUAAGGCGGUUAUGGAUACUUCUACUGAGAGGAAUGAUGAUAUUAUUGUUGACAUGGAUGUGUCUAAAGAUUUAAAGAGUAUAAUAAAAACUAAAAGUAAUCUAAUUACGCAUCAAACAAUUGUGGAAAUUAUUGAUAAUGCAACUACAUGGGGCAAUAAAGUUGUCUCUAUAAGUCUAAAUGACAUUCUUAUUAAUCAAAUAUUAUUCUUGAAUAAUGAAAAUGAUGAUACAUCAGGUAAGGAAAACUGUGGGUUUAUUGCUUUGGGUAACGAGAAUCAAGUAUAUAUAUGGAACAAUAUUUCGCAACAAAAUCAAGAACCCAAUUUUACUUUAAAAGUAGAAAAUAAUAUAUUGCAUAUAUCGAUUUCACCAUUUAUUCCAACACUAUUUGCAUUAGGAUUUGUAAAUGGUUCUUUAAGAUUCUAUGAUAUUCGAAACAUAAAGGCACAAGACCCAUCACACGUUAAGGAAAAUUAUUUAUUUGAAUUAAAUCAAUUAAAUGAAGAUCCUGUGGUAAAUAUAAUUUUUUCUGAGGUUUCUCCAUUUGAAUUACUCUCCAUUGGAAAAUCAGGUAAUGUAUAUCAUUGGAACCUAGAAUAUGUAUUUAACCAAGUAAAUAGGGAAGGAUUUGACAAUCUUGAAGGUGAAUUUAUAAAUCAGAGAGCAGUACAAAGUGAAUGCUUAACUUUUUAUCAUACUGGAGGUGCACGCAGAUCAUUUGGUCUCGGGUCAUGUAAAAAUUCCGUAAGUUACCAUCCAUUAAUCGAUGAUUUUGUAGUAACAGUAGAUAACGAUGGUUCACUUUCAGUAUACAAACCAUGCAUUGGAAGAUAUUUACUAGAGGAAGAAUCAGAAGAUGGUGAAGAUAAUAGUAAUAAUAAUGACAAUAAUCUUAAUAGUGAUAAUGUCAAUUAG